AUGGGAGGGGCCGUGCAGAGGGGGGCCCUCCUGAGCCUUGGGCAAUUAGACACUCUGGAGGUCUUUCCAGCUCUGGCUCCAGGGGCCUCGAGUGCGUGUGGGCCUGGGGGUCUGUGUCUCAUUGUCUCGUGUCCCCCUCUGGCCAUAGGCAUUUCUGGAAAGAGCCAGAUCCUUUUCGCUCUCGUCUUCACCACCAGGUACCUCGACCUGUUCACCAACUUCAUCUCCAUCUACAACACAGUCAUGAAGGUGAUUUUUCUCCUCUGUGCCUAUGUCACAGUGUACAUGAUCUAUGGGAAAUUUCGGAAAACAUUUGACAGUGAGAAUGACACGUUCCGCUUGGAGUUUCUUUUGGUCCCAGUCAUUGGCCUCUCCUUCCUAGAAAACUAUAACUUCACUCCCCUGGAGAUCCUCUGGACUUUCUCCAUCUACCUGGAAUCGGUGGCCAUCUUGCCCCAGCUCUUCAUGAUCAGCAAGACGGGAGAGGCCGAGACCAUCACUACUCAUUACCUGUUUUUUCUGGGGCUGUACCGGGCACUCUACCUGGCUAACUGGAUCAGGCGGUACCAGACUGAGAAUUUCUAUGAUCAAAUUGCAGUGGUGUCUGGAGUGGUACAAACCAUCUUCUACUGUGACUUCUUCUACUUGUAUGUGACCAAAGUCCUUAAAGGGAAGAAGUUAAGUCUUCCAAUGCCAAUUUGAAGGCCCUCAGAGACGUUCUGCAGCUCAAGGACAGACACAAAGCAAGCUAUGUGAAAUGUCCUACUGGGUGACUUAUACAUGACUCAGACCCAAUGUUAAAAUUAAUGCCAGAAAAAUGCUUAGUGUGGAUUUCAGCAAAGCACUGACCAUUCUAUCUAGAAGACCUCAUCAAUCUCUCUUAUAGAGGUAAUGAAAAAGGGGCAACUUUCUUGUUGCUUUGUGACUCAAAUUUUUGCAUUAAGACCAAUCCCACCUCCCUUUCACAUUUUUAGGUGCUAAGAUGAUUUCCAACAUCCCCAACCCUGGUCUUGAAGCAAAUAAAAAUUAUAAGAGGACUACCAUUGGACCAUAGUCAGAAUUUGUAGCAAUAAAAAGCUCACAGUUUA